AUGGCCUCAAUUCUACCCCACCACCACCGCCCCUCCUCGGUGGCGCACUGCCAAAAUCUUGAACCGGGCGAAGUUGGGAACGCGGCCCUUCCGUCUGACCCGCUUCUUUCGAGCGAUUACACCAUCUCUGCCGUCGAGGACGUGGGGACCGACCCACCACCGCCCCCGCCGUCGUCGGUCGGUCCCAAGCACGAACCGCCGGAGACCCAUCUGGAGGGAUCCGGUCGGGAGCUAGUAGUGCUUCCCUCGCCGGCGGCGGCGAUGCUGGCCGCGGCCCCGCCGCCGAAGAGGUCGAACAGGGACCGCCACACGAAGGUGGAGGGUCGCGGGCGACGGAUCCGGAUGCCGGCGGCUUGCGCCGCCCGCAUAUUCCAGCUGACGCGCGAGCUCGGCCAUAAGUCCGACGGCGAGACCAUACGUUGGCUGCUCGAGCGGGCCGAACCGGCCAUCAUCGAGGCCACGGGCACCGGGACCGUGCCCGCCAUCGCCGUCUCGGUGAACGGCACCCUGAAGAUCCCCACGACCGCCGCCGCCGGUGCCGCGCCGGAAACCUCGAACAAGCGCAGGCGGAGGGCCUCGAACAGCGAGUUCUACGAAGUCGGCGACGCGUCCAGCUUCGCCCCCGUCGCGCCCAUUGUGCCGCAGGGCCUGGUUCCGGUUUUCCCCGGCGGCGCUCUAUUCAUGAUACCGCCCUCCGGUGGGGCCGCCGGCCCGUCCAGCCAGCCGCAGUUCUGGGCCAUACCGGCCGCGACGGCGCCGGUUUUCAACGUCUCCGGGUGUCCGGUGUCGAACUUCGUCACUUUCGGGGCUUCCCCUGGUGGCGGCUCUACCGUCUCCGGCGGUGAGAUUGAAGCGGGAGCUAACGGCAGUACUUGCGGUAGUGACGACAACAAAGGUGCAACUGUGACAGAGCCCGGUACAAGUCCUGGGGGGAGUACUACUGCAGUAGCGGCGGGUACAACCAGCCCCGCGCAUCUGAUGAGGGACUUAUCCUUGGAGGUUUACCAAAAGAGGGAGCUUCAGUUUAUGGUGGGCUCCGCCGCAGGGAAUCACGACCAGACCCCAUCCCCAGAACCCUGA